AUGACGGAUGAUUAUUCUGUCCUUGUAAGUUCAGGAAGUCGAAUUGUAAAAGGUGGUGAUGAAAGUGAUCCCAAGAAUGACAAUGAAGUGAACGCAAGUGCUGUAGCGCCUGAAGAACCCAAUGUGCCGCAUUACAUUGUCAAUCUGAAUAUGUAUAACACCAGUACUGAUUUAGAUGCUCUGAAUACGUUGCCUAUCCACACUUCUGUUCCUGGUGUGAGUGAAUCUUCUGCUGCCCUGCAAACUCCCGAUAUGAACUCGUCUAUUAAUGUGGAUAACAAUGUUGCUAUGAUGUGUGGGAUUAAUUCCACAGGAAGAUCUCACCAGUUCUUUAUGCCCGCUAUGCGUUCCAAAGCACGUGGUCGCGGGCGAUUUUCUUCUGUUCCAUUGGAUGAUGUCAUGGAAAAGAAGAUACGCACAUAUGAGGGCAAAGACUGUGUGCAAGAGUUGGCAAAAUUGUUAAAACUAUUUCCUCGCUUUAAGAGGGCCCCAAAGGCUGAAUCAAAACGAUCAACAGACUCAAAGACUCCUACGCGUCCUGAAUUACCUCUGCAGUCACAAGCUUUCUUAUGUAUGGGGUUACCUUUGGGCCGUUGUCCCCCUCAUGUCGCUAACUCACUUUAUCGUCGAGUUAUUGUCACACCUGAAGGCACUGUUGAAUCUGCCGAUGAACAUGAACAGAAAUUUCUAAACUCCACAGGUUUAUCAAGUUCUGUACUAGAAUCACCAUCUCUACACUGUGAACCACCUCGGCCUAGACCAUCAUUGUUCUCUGGGCUGAAAUUAUCGCCUUUGUCAACGGUGUUACCUCCUAUUCAUCAACUUGCUCAGUUCAAGCGGUUCCCACCGAGUUCCUCAGAAGAACAGGCACUAACAUCGGAUAAUGUUGAACCACCAAAUCCUGAAGAGACGACACCUCAACAACCUGGCAAUAAAUUCUUUCGUACAGACCAUGUUGGAGAGGCACAAAAAAGAAACGUGGAUACAUAA